CUUUCCUCGUAUAAAACGGCGCUGUCAGAAGAAGUCCGGACCAAAACACGCCUCGUCUCUUCGUGUCUGUGGAUCAUGUCUUUCCGCUCCUCGUGCCGCUCCUGAUCGCUCCUGUGCGCGAGGACAUGUGCGAGGAGCCCGGGGACACGUGCGCGGGGCCCGGGGUCACGCUCACGGUCCGCCUCGUGCGCUCCUUCGAGUACCGCAACUUUCGGCCCGUGGUGUUCCAGCGCGUGCGCCUGGAGCAGAGCGUGCGCGAGUUCACGGAGCGCGUGCGCCAAGAAAUCGAGACCAAACCAGGACUUCCACCUCCGUUUAGAAAGUAUCAAUACGACACCAUGAAAAUUAUCCAUCAAGCACAUGGAGCUAAGACAAAUGACUUGGUGAUGAGUUUAGACGAUCAGGACAAACCUCUUCUACAGGAAAACCAAACGCUCCAAGAGGCUGGAGUCACCAAUGAGACGGAACUCGCCUUCUUCAAGAAAUCCGACUACGACGCGUUCAAAGCCAACCCCCAGGUGGCGUGGUGACCGGUUCUGUUCCCCUCCACACCCCGUGACCCUCACCGCUAAUGAGGCCAAAGGUCAAAGGUCGCGCAUCAAGGAUCCAGAGCCGGACGUAAUGUUUACACAAAGACUUUUAGAAUGAGCUGGGUGGUGGUGCCUUUUUUUUUUUUUUUUAGUUCUUUUAUCGCGUGGAAGAAUGGAAGAAUGUUUUAAGUUAUGUUUUAAAAAAUGUGGCAAAUAAAAGUUUUGUCGAGUUUGUCAAAAACUUAAAUGUAUACAAAUUUGGAAAUGUUUGUCUGUUUUCUCAGGACUUGUAAAACUUUUUAAAACUUUAUUCCGCAAAAUAAUUUUCCAACUUAGAUGCAGCAAUGUUUUUCAUUUUUUAUAGUUUUUUUUUUUUUUUUUUUUUUUUUUUUUUUUUUGUAGAAUUUUAGAGUAUUUCUGAUGUAAAUUUUGCUGAUAACAAUAUUUGUGGAACUUUUUUUGUUUGUGGAGACCUUUUUUACAAUAAUACACCAGACAUUUAUGCAGAUAUUUUGCCAUAGAACAUCAAUAACCAGGAGUUAUGUUUACCUACAUCGUGACCAGUGUUGGGGAGUAACAGAUUACAUGUACCGGAGUUAUGUAAUCAGAGUACAAAUUAUGAGUAACUGUAUUCAGUUACAGUUACUUUGUUAAAAUAAAUGGAUUACAUGGAGGUAUUUUCCUGUUUUUACAUUUUGGGCCAAACCAGGACUAAAACCAGGACUAAACUAGGACUAAAUCAGGUCUAAAAUAGGACUAAACCAGGUCUGAAAUAGGACUAAAACCAAGACUAAACCAGGACUAAACCAGGACUAAACCAGGACUAAACUAGGACUAAACAAGGUCUACAACCAGGUCUAAACCAGGACUAAACCAGAUCUAAAACCUGGUCUAAACAAUAUGACACUUAACAUUAGGAUGGACAUAAUUUAAAGCAGCAGUGAUCUCAUUUAAAAAUAAUUUCUCUAUCAAUAUUUUUAGUAUGUUUAAGUAAAAACUGGACUUUUUAUUUUCUUUUAUCAGUCAAAACCUCAUGUUCAGAUCCUCGUCUUUGUUUCUCCUCAGUAAAACAAAAGUCUGUUCAUGGAGACUUGGGCUCAACAGACAAUUUGAAGAAAACAAACAUGAAUUUUCAGGAUGUGGUUGGUUCAUUCAUGUAGUUCUAAAAAACAUGACAAUAUCAAGUAAUCCAAAGUAUUCAGAUUACAUUACUCACUUGAAGUAAUUUAAUGGAUUACGUUACAAAUUGCAGUUUGGAGUACAUAAUCUGUAAUCUAUAGGGGAAUACAUUUUAAAAGUAACCUUCCCAAUACUGAUCACGAUACUUCUGACCGUUGUAAAAAAGGUCUAUAAAUAAAAUAAACCUUAUAUUUUUAUGGAUUUUAAAAAUAAUUAUAAUUACACGUAACCUCAAAAGUGAAAUAAUUUAAUGUUUUGGCUUCAUUCCAGAGUUAAUUUUAAUUUAAAGGCGCUGUGGGAGUUUUAAUGGUGAAUAAAUUACAUUGAAUCUA